AAGAACUUGGAGGAAGCUGUAUUUAAUAUUAAAAAACUGUCAAAUGAUUUUCCAAAAUUUGUAAAACGUUUUGAAAUUUUUUACAAACGAAAAACAGAAUGGGUUAAAUUUUAUCGUUUAGAUAUUUUAACUCGUGGUAAUAACACUAACAAUUAUGCUGAAGCAUCAAUAAGGGUUUUAAAAGAAAUAGUUUUAUGUAGAACUAAAGCUUAUAAUGUUACAGCUUUAGUUGAGUCAGUUUCAAAAGUAUGGGAAGAGUACUAUAUCACUAGAUUAUUAGAUCAUGCACAUGUUCGUAAAGAUGAAAUCCAAAGAAAAUAUAUUGAAUUGUACAAAAAAAUGUCUAAUAUAACUUUGAAAGAUAUUCAAAAUCUAGGUAACGGAUUAUUCAUAAUACCUAGUUCAACAAAAGAUGAUGUUAAGUACACAGUCAACAUAAGUAUUGGAGUUUGUAAUUGUUUUGUUGGAGUUGUAGGAGCUUUUUGUAAACAUCAGGCAUGGCUACAUAAAAAUUAUAAUUUAGCCUUUCCUAAUGCACCACCUGUAACAUCUGAGGAGCGACAUCUACUUGGGAAGUUGGCUCUGGGAGAAAAAUGUCCUUCUAGUGACUGGUUUUGUGCUCUUAAAGAAAGUAAAUCAAUAUCCACUAAUACUGAUCAUCCUAUUCCAAUUAAUGACCUGAAAGAAAAAAAUAGUGCACCCAUAGAAGAGAGUUCAAACUUAACAGAUGUUCCUAACUUAAGUGAUGAAACCGAUAGGAAUAAUACUGUAUCAAAGAACAUCAAAAAUGAAUUUAAUAGACUAGAAGACUAUUUAAUACAUGUACCACUAGAAAUUCGUGAAAAAUUUGCAACCAAAUUAAAAUUGAUAAAAAAUCCUCAACAACUUACAUCAUUUAUUGUAAACAUUAAUAAAAAUCUUAUGUUGAUUAAUAAAAAAAGAGGCCAAAUAAAAGUCCAACCGACUGCUAUUUCUAGAAGGAGACAAGGGUUAACUAGAGGUUCAAGAAAGGUUUCAUCUGGAAGACCUCCUGUAGUUGGAAAAUGUAAAAUUAAAAAAAGGAUUCAUAAUCUUAACGACAAUAUUAAAAAAAAUCAAAUGAACGCAACCUACCACGGAAGAACAUCUUAAGUAGUUAUUUAUAAUGUAAUAAUUUUAAUUUCUAACAUGAUAUUUUUUAUGUCAAAUAUUUAUUACUUUUUGCAUUUAUUACUUUGAUAUAGAUUAGGUUCAAAUUUUUUUUUAUUUUUUUAUCAGUAAUUGGUGAUACAGAAUUUCCAGUAUUAUAGCAGAUUUUAUCAAUCUCUG